AUGCAGCUCCGGAGACAGCGUGAAAUUGACAUUAUCAAACAGGAACGCUCGAGAAGGCGUGAAUCCAAUCAUGCCAAGGGACGCAUGUCCAUUUCUAUGUACCACAUAGUUACAUAUGGACAGCAAUACACCACUCUUCCAAAUGCAUGGGGACGCGGGUUCAGUUACAUGAGGGUACAUAACAAUCAAGACUGGUUAGAUAGAGAAGGCGACAUCAAUAUCGGGACAAGCCCCCUCAAGGCCAGAAUCGAAGCGGUUGCCCGAAGGAACCAUCUGCAAGACCUGAAGAUUACAGGACGCCGCGUGUGGAACGAUAAACUUCGGCCAUUUGAGCUUGAAAAAGGCUCGCUAAGGGUCAUCUUCAUCUCAUUCAGCAAUAUCGAUAUCUCUGACCGGGAACUCAAAGCCACUGGAGAUGAAAUUGAUGACCUAGUCCAACGGUCAGAAAACAGGGAUGACAGAAUCCAUCUCCACCCCUCUAGAGCCCCAAGAUUCUAUGCAACCGUACCCGAAGGAAGGCAUUGGGAUCGAGCCAAGCAGUGUUUGUCUAAGUGUCAGCCUGAAAUAACCCAGUAUCUCACUUAUCAUGUCGCCAUUGGGUUGUUUAAUGUGGGCAUAAUACAGGAGGAUCAACAUCCUUACCCUUGUCUGUUAAUCGAGGUGACACGUGAUACCUUUAUGAAUUGGUAUGGAUUCCGGCAGUGGGUUCGAAACAUGUUCCGGGGAUAUGGGGCCACUAUUGAAGUCGAGUUUUGCUGUGAUUUGGCCUUCUUUCACGACCCUGAUUCCGGCAAGCAGGUCGGCGUUUUCAGGCAUCGAUACAGCCUGCCAGAUCAUUCGCUUUGA